AUGAGUGACAGAGUUCACGAGAGCGAAUUUGUUUCUGAAGCUGAAACUUCUCAGAGCGAUCUUGGGCUGGAGAUUGAAAAUACAAGUACAGGCAUGACUGAAGAUGUGGAUAUGGAUAUUUGUGAAAAUGAGUUGGUUGCACGGCUGAUCUUACAAGGAACAACAAAGCUGCACAUCCCGUCCACUACAAUGAACAAGAUAUUAAAGGAUGUUGCUUCUAUUGUCGAACUUAAAAUGGAUCAAGUAAAGAAGAAAGUGUGUGACCGCUUUGAGAGCAAUUCAGAAGACUCUGGACAGAGCUUGAAGGAAGGCAUCCUUUCAGAUCUGGAGCAAAAUAUGCCUUUUAAUUCAUGCAGACAGAAUGGCGAGUUGUCGUCACAGCACCUGCAAAUGAAGUUCUUCAAGGAACAUUUUGGAUAUACUGAACCAGUAGCAAUUUCUCUAAGAAGUGACCAGAGGGAACAUGGUACAAUGCACUAUGUACCACUGACAGUGACCAUGCAACGAAUGUUACGCGACCCUUCUGUGACUUCACAAUUGGAGGCACUGAACAGCAGAAGCGAUGCUGGCAUGUCAUUCUCCGAUUUCACUGAUGGGUCACUUUUUAAGGACGCAGACAUUUCCUUUUCAAGUAAUGAAAUACAACUGAUGCUGUAUCAAGACUCCUUUGAGGUUGUGAAUCCACUUGGCUCUGCAAAGCAGAAGCACAAGGUAUUAGGGGUAUACUUCACACUAAGGAACCUGAAGCAGAAUAACCGCUCAAAGGUGGAUCAGCUUCAGCUUUGCCUCUUUUGUACUGAGAAGCUGUUGAAGAAGUUCGGCCACAGAGAAGUAUUCGGACGAUUAGUUGCAGAAGUGAAACAACUUGUGAUAUCUGGCUUGAGUGUUGAUAACAAACAUUACAAAUUCAAGCUUUCUUUCAUCCUUGGUGACAACUUAGGUGCCCACCAGAUCGGUGGGUUUCUAGAAUCAUUCAGUGGUGAAUACUUUUGCAGAUUUUGCUUAAUUACCAGGAAGGAAUUUCACGACUGCGCAACCUCAAGUGGUGAAAUCCGAACACCAGAGAACUAUGCUGACUGUGUGGCUCACUUGAACGACACAGGCGCCGCAAACAAUAAAGGUGUUAAAUUCGAGUCCUUGUUUAAUGAGGUACCAGGAUUUCACGUGUGCAGAGGACUUCCACCUUGCCUAGGCCAUGAUGUCUUGGAAGGCGUUAUCAGUUACGAUGUUGCCAUUUUUUUGCGUUAUUUUCAAAGCAAGGGAUGGUUUUCCGUAAACCUUCUUAAUGCCCGCUUGGAGAAACUCCGACUACAAGGUCACGACGCUGCAGACAGGCCUCCAGCACUCAAGGAAGGAUUUAAGACACUUGGUGGUCAAGCUGCUCAAAACUGGAUUUUUUUAAGGUUCCUGCCUGUCCUUUUGGCAGAUAUUAUUGAUCCUACAGACGAGGUGUGGCAACUCUUCCUUCUGCUUCGUGAUAUUGUGAACCUCGUUUGUGCAAGGAAGAUCUCACAGACUCAAAUAUUGUACUUGAACGAGCUCAUUCAGCUGUACCUUGAACUUAUUACAGAGCUAUUUCCAAGAGUGACAUUGAAACCGAAACAUCACUUCCUGUUACACUACCCAGAACUGAUUUUGAAGUAUGGCCCACUGAUCUGGCUGUGGACGCUACGAUUUGAGUCCAAGCAUUCAUACUCAAAGAAGGUGGCAAGAGUUUCCAAUAAUUUCGUAAACCUGACAUCGACACUGGCAAGGAAACACGAGCUGCUGCAGUGUUAUCUCUCCACUGGUACCAUGUUUGGAGCUGAUGUCAUCGUUACAUCAACCAACUCUUCUCAGAAGCACACAUUUCCUCACUACGUACUAGAAUACUGCAGGUCAGCACUUCCUAGGCCUUCAGAAAUGUGCCGGAGUGCGCAGUGUUUUGGCACGACUUACAGUGUGGGCCUUUAUGUAGCCAUCAGACGAGAAGAAAUGGUGAUUACAUUUGCAAGGAUAGAAGCUCUAGCUGUGCGCGAAGAUGACAACCUCUUCUUGAUUGUGACAGAAACACCAGUAAGACAUCUUCAUGAAUUGGGUGUAUAUGCUGUCGAAGACGUUUCCGAAACAACUCCCUUGACCUGGGUGAAGGCUACAGACCUUCUGGACUACUAUCCGUUGCCUCUGUACAGUUGCCUCAAUUUCAAGACCCUUGUACUGAAACACAGUAUAUUUGAUGACUAUGCAACGGUGCCAAGUGCCACUUGA